CUCCCGCGAGCUGCAGGCGCUGCAGGAGCUGCGCGAGCGGCCGGGCCGGGGGCGCCAGGUGCAGUACCUGCGGCGCAAAGACACGAAUGAACUGAAGACGAUCCUCCGAGAGCUGCAGUACAGGGUGGGCAUUCAGUCGGCAAAGCUGCUCCGGCAGCUGAAGCAGAAAGACCGACUCCUGCAUAAACGGCAGAGGGACUGUGACGUGGUGACGGCCUGCCUGCAGGCUGCCUCGCAGAAGAGGCGAGUUGAUACAAAGUUGAAGUUCACUCUUGAGCCAUCUUUAGGCCAAAAUGGUUUUCAGCAGUGGUAUGAUGCUCUCAAGGCCGUUGCCAGACUGUCCACAGGGAUACCGAAGGAAUGGAGAAGAAAGGUGUGGUUGACCUUGGCAGACCAUUACUUGCACAGUAUUGCCAUCGACUGGGACAAGACCAUGCGUUUCACAUUCAAUGAAAGGAGUAACCCUGACGACGACUCGAUGGGAAUUCAGAUAGUCAAGGACCUUCACCGCACAGGCUGCAGCUCUUACUGUGGCCAGGAGGCUGAGCAGGACAGGGUGGUACUGAAGCGGGUGCUGCUGGCCUACGCCCGAUGGAACAAAAAUGUUGGAUACUGUCAAGGCUUUAACAUCUUGGCUGCACUGAUUCUCGAAGUGAUGGAUGGCAACGAAGGGGACGCACUGAAAGUCAUGAUUUACCUUAUUGAUAAAGUACUUCCUGAAAGUUAUUUUGUCAAUAAUCUCCGGGCCUUAUCUGUGGACAUGGCGGUGUUCAGAGACCUCCUGAGGAUGAAGCUCCCUGAACUGUCUCAGCACCUGGACACUCUUCAGAGAACUGCAAACAAGGACAGUGGAGGUGGAUAUGAGCCCCCACUCACCAAUGUCUUCACCAUGCAGUGGUUUCUGACGCUCUUUGCCACGUGCCUCCCUAAUCACACAGUUUUAAAGAUCUGGGAUUCCGUCUUCUUUGAAGGUUCAGAAAUCAUCCUGAGAGUGUCCCUGGCCAUCUGGGCAAAGCUGGGAGAGCAGAUAGAAUGCUGUGAAACUGCAGAUGAAUUCUAUAGCACCAUGGGGCGCCUUACCCAGGAGAUGCUGGAACACGACCUUCUGCAAAGCCACGAGCUCAUGCAGUGGCUGUGGUGGGCCACCAGUCUGUCAGCGUACCUGAAAUGGCUGCGGAUGGAAAUACGACAUGGCAAGGUCCGAGACAGCGACGAGGAGAACGACCCCGAUGAUGAGGAUGCAGCCGUCAGUGCCAUGGGCUGUCUCGGGCCUCUCAGUGGGCUCCUGGCACCUGAGCUGCAGAGACACCAGAAGCAAAUUAAAGGUGCAGAGCCAGGUGGGGAGCAGAGUCUGAGAUCUAACAAUAUUGCAGAGCUGAGCCCGGGGGCCAUCAACUCCUCUCGCAGCGAGUACCACGCGGCUUUCAACAGCAUGCUAAUGGAGCGCAUGACCACAGACAUCAGCGCCCUGCAGCGGCAGUACUCACGGCUCAAGGCGCGGCAGCGGCAGCAGGCCCACCAGGUGUACAUCCGGGCAGACAAAGGGCCAGUGACCAGCAUUCUCCCGUCUCAGGUAAACAAUUCUCCGGUUAUAAACCACCUUCUCUUAGGAAAGAAGAUGAAAAUGACUAACAGAGCUGCCAAGAAUGCUGUCAUCCACAUCCCUGGUCACACAGGCAAAAUGUCUCCUGUCCCCUAUGAAGAUCUGAAGGCAAAGCUCAACUCUCCUUGGCGAACUCAUAUCCGAGUCCACAAAAAGAACUUGCCACGGGCCAAGAGUCACCCGGGCUGUGGGGACACGGUAGGGCUGAUAGAGGAGCAGAGCGAGGCCUGCAAGACCAGCAUCCCGGGGCCGGCAGAGGCCUUUUCCUCCAGCUGUGUGGCGACAGUACAGAGAGAAGACAGCAGCUCCGAGGGCAGCACGGCCAGGACAAUCGAGGGACAGUCCCCGGAGCCAGUGUUCAGAGAUGCUGAGGUGGACGUGUCCGAGGUUCAGGUGAAGUUAGAAGCCUUGGAACUGAGUCAGAGGGACACUGCCGCCGAGACAGAGCCCGGGGCACACCCGCCCCACCAGCAGCCCUUCCCACAGCUGCCAGAAGCACCUGGAGAGGAUAAGGCCACCAGCAGAGCUCCCCAAGGCAGCAACUCGAAACCCCCUAUCUUCAGCCCCUUUCCCAGCGUCAAGCCCCUGCGGAAGUCGGCCACCGCCAGGAACUUGGGCUUGUACGGCCCCACAGAGCGAACCCCAACCAUGCGCUUCCCCCAGAUGAGCCGCAGCUUCAGCAAGGCCCGCGGGAGCGGCGGGGGCACCAAGAAACGGUGACGGUGACGUCUCCGCAGACUUGUCUCCAGACCCCUUUCCUCGUGGUAGAAAGCUCUGAAAGGUUCUUACUGGCACAGGGAGACAGGCUGGUAGGUCAGAGGAGAGUGGCUGCACAGUGAGCCUGGAAGUUUAAAAUGCGAGUCAGAAUGGGGAUUUCCCCAUCCGCUCGCUUGGUAACAUCCACUUGCUAACGGAUGAUGUGGGUUCUUGUGGCAAAAUAUCGUUUUAAGGUGUCAAGUUUUCCCAAGUUUUCAUUGUGAGCUAUUUAGAAAAGACUGUGGAUCCAGACUGUUAGCCAUGUCCAUCAUCCUGUCCCCAGGGCCUGUAGGGCCCCUGUGACAGUGUCCCCCACGCCUCCCAGUUCUGAGUGUUAGAAACACUGAAGCAGGCACAGAACAGAAACUGCAGAAAGAAAGUAAGUUUCUAUGUUGCAGAAAUCUUCCCCACUGUGAAGGGACUGUGUGUGUGUGUGUGUGUUUCCUCAGUACCGGUCUCCAAAUUGUUUUUAUUCUUAAAGUGUAGGGGAAAAUUCUAGGUACCCUUUCUUUAACUUUCUACCUGCUAAAUGAAAAAACUAAUCUGUUGAAAUUUAGGUUAGUGACCAACUUGUAGACGUUAUGCCCGGAACGUGCACAGUGUGCUUUAAGAAGCAGCUCUGAGCAGCUCGCUCACGCUGCUACGCUUCACCCGAGGUUCGUUUUCUCCUCUCGAGGAGAACGUUGGUCCUCCGUGGCACAGACAGCAGUGGGCUCUCCGUGGCACUCGGCCUGCCUCCUCUGCCAUGCCGCACAGCUCACGCACCCACCAGCCUCCCACUGCAGACGCACAAGCCUCUGCCCAAAAGCCAGAACACAGCACUUGAGACUCUGUUACUUGAAUUUUGUGCUUUUCUGAUUGGAGUCCUUUGCUGAAUACUUUGUUACUUGAACACUGCCUUUCUCUGGAGAAGGCCCCAGUGCUUUCUGGCGUAGCUCUCUCUCACCCACUCCUGCUCGGCCUGAGUGGGUCAGAGACAGCACCUCGUCUCACUAUGCAGAUGGGAACUCUGAGCCAGGCAGAGGUGAAGUAGCACUUCAGCUACUCAAGGUCAGUACUGCUGAUGUUCCUCGUGACUUAGCCCAUGUCCCCCCAGUGCAGCAGGAGGUGUGAUGUUCUUUGUACACAUAUGUGUUGGCUACAUCGGUGUCAAAACCGAGACUGGGAAGCCAUUCACUACUCUCCCUCCUGACUCAGAGGACCUUUGGCACAGAGCCCUGUGAUGGCAUUUACAGAACCAGCUCUGACUCUGUUAUCCAUUUAAAAAAUGCCCCAUGCACCUCCCAUCUGGCUGAACAAAAGGCUCUUCCUCAGGCCCCUUCUCCCCACCAUCAUUAGCAGAAUAGACUUAGAUUUUUACUGUGAUCUCUGGAAGACUUUUGGUGAUGCUUACAGGAAUAUUGUUGAUACAGUCAACAUUAAUUGAGCUAAUUGGGUUGCUAAUUCUGAAUCCAAAGCUAUACUUGUAGAAAGGGCCUUCACUAUGAGAGGUACCUACUUUUUAUAAUAGAGAACAUGAUCAUGUGGGCUAAUUUGAACAAAACAUGAGAAUGACAUAUUCAGGGAGAAAAGCUAUUUUAUGCCUUUUGUGGUAUUUUUACCCCCAAAGAACUGAAGAUAGAAAAUAUGACUAAUCCAUCAUUGCUGCUUUGGGCUUGAAGCCUGUGCCAUCUAAAGUUAGCAUCAGCUUCGUAAAAAGCAGCCACACCCACAGCCUGUUUCUUGGGUAGGGUGCAGGUGGAGAGUUGGGGUGCUUCACAUACCACCCCCGAGGCCCACUGCAUCUUCCAAAGUGAAGCGAAUGAUGUGAGCUUCUUCCUUCUGCUGAACUGUACAGAUAAGAAUUACUCCACCUCAAAUUCCUUUCCUUUCCCCCUUCCCAAUGAGUGAGAGAGUCGUUCCCCCUCGGCAAUGUCUGACUUGACAUGAGAAUUGUUCUUUCCUUUCUUGAAGUAGCUCACUAGUCCCUGAGGUCUAGCAGGGUGGAAGCCACUUACUGCUGAGUCCCUGGGGUUGCACCUCCGGCCUGUAGCAGCUGUGAGUGUUCACGGCACACCUGUGUCCCGUGAGCUCUCUCUGCUCACCCAUUUCCCAGUCUGGUCUUUCUGAGAAGGGGAUGGAUGAAGAGGCAUGUUGUUUGGGAUAAGUAUUUGUUGAAUGAAUGAAUGAAUGAAUGAACAGCCGAAAGGAUGAUAGUCCUUUGAGGUAGAAAUGACCUUGUCAGAAUUUUAAAAACCCUACAGCUCCCGGUCAGAGCCCUCCUGUCCACCAGUGUGCAUGCGUUGUACUGAGUCAUUACAGGGUGAACUGGUCAACUUACAAGCCUUGCCUACUUUAGAAAAUAAAGAAUUCUGUAGUAGCCUCUACACACGGCAUGUGCAAAGACCAAUAGAGACCCGCCCUCCCCCAAGUGUCAGGCGCUGUACGUGGGCACCAGGUGUGCUGACCAGCAGCAGCUUCUCGCAUCUUAGGUAUGGCUGUAGCCUCUGGGUGCUGUCUCAGGCGCCUCUGCACCUCCGUCCUCCUACAAAGCCUCCCGGUGACCUAAACCCAGUCCAUGAUGUCAACCUACAGGCUGUAACUGUCUGGAAUACUGUAGCCUUUUUUGUCUCUCUUGCUCUGAAGAAUUGUAUUGCUACAGAGAUAAUGUGCAUAAAGAUUCUCACCGUC